AUGCAGAAGAGCGUGCGCUACAACGAGGGGCACGCCCUGUACCUGGCCUUCCUGGCCCGCAAGGAGGGCACCAAACGCGGCUUCCUGAGCAAGAAGGCAGCCGACGCGAGUCGCUGGCACGAGAAGUGGUUCGCUCUCUACCAGAAUGUGCUCUUCUACUUCGAGGGCGAGCAGAGCGGCCGCCCGGCGGGCAUGUACCUCCUGGAGGGCUGCAGCUGCGAGCGGGCGCCCGCGCCGCCCAGGGCCGGGGUCGGGCAAGGCGGCGCCCGGGACGCGCUGGACAAGCAGUAUUACUUUACUGUUCUUUUUGGCCAUGAAGGUCAGAAACCUCUGGAGCUGCGCUGUGAAGAGGAGCAGGAUGGUAAAGAGUGGAUGGAGGCCAUUCACCAAGCCAGUUAUGCAGACAUUCUGAUUGAGAGGGAAGUGUUAAUGCAGAAGUAUAUUCAUCUAGUUCAGAUCGUAGAAACAGAAAAAAUUGCAGCUAACCAGCUCCGGCAUCAACUUGAAGAUCAAGAUACAGAAAUUGAAAGACUUAAAUCAGAGAUUAUCGCUCUUAAUAAAACCAAGGAACGAAUGCGGCCUUACCAAAGCAAUCAAGAAGAUGAGGAUCCAGACAUCAAGAAGAUUAAAAAGGUUCAGAGCUUCAUGAGAGGAUGGUUGUGUAGAAGGAAAUGGAAGACUAUUGUGCAGGAUUACAUUUGUUCUCCUCAUGCUGAAAGUAUGAGGAAGAGAAACCAGAUUGUGUUCACCAUGGUUGAAGCCGAGUCGGAGUACGUUCACCAGCUCUAUAUCCUGGUCAAUGGCUUCCUCCGGCCCCUGAGAAUGGCGGCCAGCUCCAAGAAGCCUCCCAUCAGCCAUGAUGAUGUCAGCAGCAUUUUUCUCAACAGUGAAACGAUCAUGUUUCUUCAUGAAAUAUUUCACCAAGGACUGAAGGCAAGGAUAGCAAACUGGCCUACUCUAAUUUUAGCUGAUCUGUUCGAUAUUUUGCUCCCCAUGUUGAACAUUUAUCAAGAAUUUGUGCGUAAUCACCAGUACAGCCUCCAAGUGCUUGCCAACUGUAAGCAAAACAGAGAUUUUGACAAACUCUUGAAACAGUAUGAAGCCAACCCUGCCUGUGAGGGGAGGAUGCUGGAAACGUUCCUGACCUAUCCAAUGUUUCAGAUCCCCAGGUAUAUCAUCACACUUCAUGAACUCCUAGCUCAUACACCCCAUGAGCAUGUGGAAAGGAAAAGUCUGGAGUUUGCUAAAUCGAAACUAGAGGAACUGUCCAGGAUAAUGCACGAUGAAGUGAGUGACACUGAAAACAUAAGGAAGAACCUUGCCAUAGAAAGAAUGAUCGUAGAGGGCUGUGAUAUUUUGCUGGACACCAGCCAGACUUUCAUCCGCCAAGGUUCUCUUAUUCAAGUACCUUCUGUUGAGAGGGGGAAACUUAGUAAAGUUCGCCUGGGUUCAUUGUCUUUGAAAAAGGAAGGAGAAAGACAGUGCUUCUUAUUUACAAAACACUUUUUAAUUUGUACGAGAAGCUCAGGAGGAAAGCUCCAUCUGCUCAAGACAGGUGGGGUUCUCUCUCUAAUAGAAUGUACGUUGAUUGAGGAGCCCGAUGCGAGUGAUGAUGACUCCAAAGGUUCUGGGCAAGUGUUUGGACACCUGGAUUUUAAAAUAGUAGUGGAGCCUCCUGAUUCCGCCCCUUUCACUGUAGUCUUGUUAGCACCUUCACGCCAGGAGAAAGCUGCCUGGACGAGUGACAUAAGUCAGUGUGUGGACAAUAUACGGUGUAAUGGUUUAAUGACUAUAGUAUUUGAAGAGAAUUCCAAGGUUACUGUGCCACAUAUGAUUAAGUCUGAUGCCCGUCUUCAUAAAGAUGACACCGACAUUUGCUUCAGUAAAACACUGAACUCCUGCAAAGUGCCCCAGAUCCGCUACGCCAGCGUGGAGCGCCUCCUGGAGCGGCUGACAGACUUGCGGUUUCUCAGUAUCGAUUUCCUCAACACCUUUCUGCACACCUAUCGUAUUUUCACUACGGCAGCCGUGGUGCUGGCCAAACUUUCCGACAUAUACAAGAGGCCUUUUACCUCCAUCCCUGUCAGAUCAUUAGAGUUGUUUUUUGCCACCAGCCAGAACAAUAGAGGUGAACAUUUGGUGGAUGGCAAAUCCCCACGCUUGUGUCGCAAAUUCUCUUCCCCACCACCGCUGGCUGUGUCCAGGACGUCCUCCCCAGUGAGGGCCAGAAAGCUGUCCUUGACUUCUCCGUUGAACUCAAGGAUAGGAGCGUUGGACCUGACUACCUGCUCAGCAUCCAGCAGUCCUACCACCACCCACAGCCCUGCUGCAUCCCCACCACCGCACCCUGGCAAAAUACCGUUGGAUCUUAGCAGAGGCCUUCCUUCUCCAGAACAAAGCCCGGGAUCUAUAGAGGAGCCUGUAGAUAACCCCCGCGUGGAUCUGUGUAACAAGCUAAAACGAAGUAUUCAAAGAGCUGUCCUAGAGUCUGCACCCGUGGACCGAGCAGGAGUGGAAAGCUCCCCGGUGGCGGACACCACGGACCUUUCACCUUGCCGGUCACCCUCCACUCCUCAGCACCUCCGUUAUCGUCAGCCUGUAGGACAGACGGCCGACAACUCCCACUGCUCUGUUUCGCCGGCGUCUGCUUUUGCCAUUGCCACGGCAGCAGCAGGACACGGAAGUCCACCAGGAUUUAACAACACUGAGAGGACAUGCGACAAAGAGUUUAUUAUUCGGAGAACAGCCACCAAUCGAGUCCUGAAUGUCCUCCGUCACUGGGUCUCAAAGCACGCACAGGAUUUUGAACUCAACAAUGAACUAAAGAUGAAUGUCCUCAAUUUGCUAGAAGAAGUUUUGCGAGACCCAGACCUUCUUCCCCAGGAAAGGAAAGCCACGGCAAAUAUCCUGAGGGCCCUUUCACAAGACGAUCAAGAUGACAUCCACCUAAAAUUAGAGGAUAUAAUUCAACUGACAGACUGUCCGAAGGCUGAGUGCUUUGAGACCUUGUCAGCCAUGGAGCUGGCCGAGCAGAUCACCCUCCUGGACCACAUCGUCUUCAGAAGCAUUCCCUACGAAGAAUUUCUUGGGCAGGGGUGGAUGAAGCUGGAUAAAAAUGAAAGAACACCUUACAUUAUGAAAACCAGCCAACACUUCAAUGAUAUGAGUAACCUGGUGGCAUCCCAGAUAAUGAAUUAUGCCGACGUCAGCUCCCGCACCGUCGCGAUAGAGAAGUGGGUGGCUGUGGCGGACAUUUGCCGAUGCCUGCACAACUACAAUGGCGUCCUGGAGAUCACAUCAGCCUUAAACAGAAGUGCCAUCUACAGGCUGAAGAAAACCUGGGCCAAGGUGUCCAAGCAGACGAAAGCUCUCAUGGACAAGCUUCAGAAGACGGUUUCAUCUGAAGGAAGAUUUAAAAAUCUCAGAGAAACCCUUAAAAACUGUAACCCCCCAGCUGUUCCUUAUCUGGGGAUGUACCUGACGGACCUGGCGUUUAUUGAAGAGGGAACACCAAACUUUACCGAGGAAGGCCUUGUUAAUUUCUCCAAGAUGAGAAUGAUAUCACACAUCAUCAGAGAGAUACGCCAAUUCCAGCAGACUUGCUAUCGAAUAGACCAUCAGCCAAAGGUCACUCAGUACCUGCUUGACAAAGCCCUCAUCAUAGAUGAAGAUACGCUGUAUGAACUGUCACUAAAAAUUGAACCUCGGCUCCCUGCUUGA